AAAUCCAAAUUUACAUACAAUUAAAAAACAAAAGUGAUAAUUGCCCUCAAUGUAUUUGAAUAUUGUGUGCUAAAAUCCUAAGAAUAUCUAGAAAAUAUUCUCCAUAAUUGAUUCCGAAUAUAAAAUACCCCCUGCAGCUACAACAAUGACAAAUGUACAUUUUCAAAUUUACACAAAAGUUCUUCUGAUAACCCUGGUGCUCACAAUCACACAGAAGAAUACAAUGGCGUUGGGCGCAACUAUAGAUGACGAGGAUUGUCCCUCCCUAGAAAAUGCAACAUCAUUGCAACCGUCACAACUAAUACAACGUCUAACACAUGUCUGCCGCUACGAUCGUCUAGAAAGACCGAUUGAAUACAGCGACAGUGGUGAACGUUAUCCCAUUAAAGUUAAGGCUAGAAUAUAUAUUUAUUAUAUGCAGAAUCUCAACUCAGAUUUGUUACAAUUCAAAAUGCACGCCCUGCUACAGUUAAGUUUCCAGGACAAACGACUGGCCUAUUCACACUAUGCCCCAAUGAAAAAGGACAAUAUACUGGGACAAAAACAUAUGAGCGAACGCCUAUGGUUGCCCCACAUAUUCUUUGCCAACGAACGUGAAUCGAAUAUUUUGGGCACCGAUGAAAAGGAUGUCCUAACAUCAAUCUCGCCCGAGGGUCACGUCAUUAUAUCGACACGACUGCAAGCCACCCUCUAUUGUUGGAUGAAUUUCAAGAAAUUCCCAUUCGAUGAGCAAUCUUGUUCGACCAUACUUGAAAGUUGGAUGUAUGACAACACCGAAUUGGUACUUCAAUGGGAAGAUAAGUCGCCAAUAUCAUUCGACCCGGACAUGCGAUUGACUGAGUACAACAUGCAGCGUUAUUGGUACAAUGAGACAGUAGUCGUUUCCAAUUAUGAACACCUGCGACAUGGUGCCUUCUAUGGUAACUACAGUUCAUUGAGUUUUACGGUGCACCUAAAUCGAGAAAUUGGAUUUUAUUUGAUGGAUUAUUUUCUACCCUCAAUGAUGAUUGUGGCCAUAUCUUGGGUUUCAUUUUGGUUGCAAGCAGAUGCUUCUCCUCCACGAAUUAUGUUAGGUACCAGCACCAUGUUGUCGUUCAUUACCCUCUCCUCUUCACAGAGUAAAACCUUGCCCAAAGUUAGUUACAUAAAGGUUUCAGAGGUUUGGUUCUUGGGCUGUACCUUCUUCAUUUUUGGAAGUCUGGUGGAAUUUGCUUUUGUCAACACCAUAUGGCGACGAAAGGAAAAUAUCGAGCUGAAGAAAGUCAACAGCAAAUACAUAAUCAAAUCAACACUGACGCCCAGACCGUCAAGACGGGAAAUAGGUUUGAACAACCAAUCGCGCACUAGAUCAUGUUCCAGCUUGGAUAAUAUAGUGUCCAGCACCGAAAGUGUCAUGAAUGGCAAUGUGAAUCCAGGAUUUAAUAACUAUUUAACAGUACAUAAUUUACCUAUAAUAACCACACAAUCGCCAGACACAGUUUCCAUUACCAGUAAUCCGAAUAGUGCGGGACAUGUCAUCAAUAUGGACAACAAUGGAAAGGACAAUGGCGAAAAUAAUAAAACAGCAGAGAACACAACAUUCACCACCAUGACACCACAAGAAAUUGCCAUGUGGAUUGAUCGACGAUCACGUUUCAUAUUUCCGCUUAUGUUCCUGGGCUUUAAUGCCCUAUACUGGACAUUCGUCUACUAUUUCUAAGACAAAUGCUUGCCAGUUGUCCAGAUGUAUUAUUGUUUUGAUUGUAUCAAAGUUUUAAGUCAUAGCAUUUAAGUUUUUUUUUUUUUUUUUUGAUAUAUAUGUGUAUUUAAUUAUUAUUUUCUUUGGAAUAACGACAGACAUAGACUUAGACACAUGUGCAUAUCAUUGUUAUCUCAUCACUUUGUAUAUUUUUGUGUGGCUUUGCCUCUAAUUUUAAAAUAUAAGAAAGUUUUACAUUAAAAAAAAUAUUGUAUGCCAUUCUUCA